AUGUCCACUCUCAGCUUCACCUUCUCGCCAGAGGCCACGACUAAGGUCCACGAUGCCCUGAUAUGUUUGGCCAAGUUUGGUGAAACGGUGUGUAUGGAAGCUCGUGGCGACAUGCUCACACUUACUACUCUGAAUUCUUCCAGAACAUCGUAUGCGUCGUUCUCUCUGGACGCCAAAUCCUUCUUCCUAUCAUAUAAUUUUGGUCUCGGCCAAGGGGCUAGAUUCACAUGCCAGCUCUACAAUAAGGCUCUUCUCGCCGUAUUCAAGACGCGCAUGUCGGAUCCUCGUGGUGGCGAUACCUCGAUAGACCGAUGCGAGGUCAGUGUGGAAGACAAGCCAAAUAAGGUGCAUUGCCGUUUGGUUGUCAAAAUGGUGUGCAAGCAUGGCGUGACUAAAACUUACCGUUUGACCUACGAAUCUGUGGAAGUCUCACACGCACUCUUUGAUAAAUACAACGCACCAAACGGCUGGAAGAUCUCAUCUCGUAUACUGCGAGAGUACAUUGAAUAUUUUGGAACCAAAACAGAACAGCUCGAUCUUCUGGUAAAGGAGGGAAAAGCAAUCUUCACAAGUUUCACAGAAAAGAUCAUGGAUGGUAAAGAAAUACUCAAGCAACCUUUGGAAACAGCCAUAUCGCUACAUAUACAGGACUUCGACGAUUUUCAUGCUGAGGAGGAUGUUCACAUUGUCAUCAAUGUCAAAGACUUCAAGGCCAUUGUAACACACGCAGAGACUCUAAAAGCCCCGAUGUGUGCACAGUUCUCUCGCCCCGGAAGACCGCUGCUGUUCAGAUAUACUGAAAAGGGACUGACCUGUGAGUUCAUCCUCAUGACAACCGGAAUCGCCCAGAGCGCACCUCCCACAACAGCACCGAGAGUUGCAUCAACCCGUCCCAGUGGACAACCUUGUAGGCAAGCCUCUAGGCAACCCUCAACUGUGUCGCUCCGACCAUCGAGACAAUCUACAGUAGAUGCAGAUGCGUCCACUAGACAGCCAUCAAUGGCACCAGAUAUGUCUUCGAGGCAGUCUUCUCACGUUCCUGUACAAACUAUUGAAAGCCGGAACACAGAGAUGGCACCUCCGCCAAGACCUGUGGUUGUUAACGGUCUACGUGACCGCAGGGCUUUGGGCAGUCUCGGGCGCCAAACAUCUCAAGCAACGACAUCACCUCAUGAUGCGGAUUCCACCAGCCUGUUCGUGUCACAGAACGACGAAGAUGAUGGUAGAUGGGAACCGCCAAACCUGGACGAAGAGCCUGACGAGAUGCUGGGAUGGGACACAACUGCGGAUCUCGUGAGUCAGAGAGCUGGCGAUCCUGUCGAAGCAUACUAA